AUGAGAACCAGCAGACUCGCGCUGUUGCUGACCCUGGCGCUGGGUGUCCUUGCCGAUGUCACCACCACUUCCUCCUCGUCAUACUCCACCACGAUUGCCGUUGCAAAUGCUGCAACAACGGCCACUACCGGAACCGGUACUACAUCAACAGAAAAUGCAACGCCUACUACAACUUCAUCUACGACUUCCAGUACAUCAUCCACACCAACAGCAGCCGCAGCAACCACUACUGGUACCACUCCAGUGACUACCACGACGGCAGCAACCACUCCGACUACAUCUUCUUCAUCUGAGACAACCACUUCGACGACCGCACCAGCCACAACCGAGGCAGCCACCAGUGACACCGCAACCGUUACACCUACGACGUCCUUGACCUCUGAGACUGGAACCGACACCGAGAGCACAUCCUCCACCAGUGUCUCUCCAACCAUUGUCUGGGUCACCAUCACCGAAAAUAACUCGGUGGCUACCGUCUCUACAACCUACUCACAGAAAUUUUCAUCCAUGUUUUCCACCACGGCCACUCCGUCGUCGGGAGUCGUGGGACUCGGCUCGCUUACUUCGAAAGGUACGGUUGUAUUUUUUUGUAUGUCUGCGCGAAAUAUACCAAGCCAAGAGCAGGCUGCACAGGAUCCAGUCCCUCAGUUCCAACUCAUAGUCAGUACCGACAACUCGGGUUCAUCGGUGCGGGACCACUUGGCAAACGAACGAGGCCUGCUGGCGUAUAUGAGAACCGCACUGAACUAUUUUACUGUCUCAAUAAGUGCCAUUCAGCUGUUUAAACGAUCAAUUAUCGAGCAGCUAAUUAGUCCAACGCCGGACUAUAGCCGGCUUGCAAAAGACCAGAAUUUUUACGAAACUCUUGUGAGACCCUGGACCGUGAUUAUGUCUUGUUUGGGACUAAUAUUCAUUGUCACCAAUGUGGGAAGGUUUGUGGUGAAUUCUAAUCACUUGACCUACUACAAUAGCUUUGGGAUCGAUGGCACAGUGAUUCCCCUAAUCUUUCUCAUAAUGAUAGGUCUCGAUGUUUACCUGAUCUACAAAAUAGCUUCGCUAGAUUUUUCCGCUUAA